CCCUUCUCUUUCAUGCAUUUUACUAACCCACAUAUUUUGUCCCUUUCUUGACCUUAAACUCUAGGUUUUCCACUGCUACACAUGAGAUAAAUUUGUGGACAGAUUAGAUUGACAUACAAACUUUAGUAUAAAAUUCUCAGUCAAUUGUUUUAGUUCGCUUAAUUCAAUGUUCUUUGGAUAAAACAAACUGAAUGUAAAUAUUUUACAUAAAGUUAAAAGUAGUAAUGAUAUUAAUUUGAUAGCCUGCAUUGACAAAAUAUAUUUUUUUACUUCAUUCAUGCCAUGUCUAGUCAGUGGCACACUUUCGCGGUUCCUUGUUCUAUCAGUGUUGCAAAAAUUGGUGAAUACAUUAAAACUGCUUCAGUGAAAAAUGUAAAUUGCUCUGAUUGUAUGAAGCGGUUUUAACUAUUAUGUUUUGUGAUUGUGAACGAGUGAAAAAUGUGUUUUCGUAAAAAGCGCAUCAGGUCCUAAGUUCAAUUAAAUUAUUGCAAAUCUGCAAUUCUGCACACGACACGAGCGAUUCUAAAUCACAAUGUAAUAAAUGUAUAUACAUAUAAACAGUGUAGCACCGCUUUCAGUGUUAAAUAACGAAAGAAACUAAUAUUGCUUAGUAAAUGCUUCAAAUUAUGUGUCACAUAACAACGAGCGAGAAACAUGGCGGAGGAACAGGCGUGCCUCGUGCACGCUCGCUCUGACUCCGACUCGCCCAAGAGCUUCGGGUCCAUAGCUCGCACCAUGGCUUACACAGAGGACAGACUGACUGGUACAGAUGGCACCGGUGAACCGGGUGCAGUCAGCAUGACUGUCAACCCACCUGAACCCAUGGAUAAUGAAAGUGGCGAGCUCAUAGACUAUAGCGACACCAGCGCUUUAGACCAGUUCCACGAGGACGCGCUGAGACAGGCCGGUUGUGGUAUAGCCCAACUGAAGGUGUACCUAGCAUGCAGCCUAGCGCUCGCCGGCGCGACCCUAGAACUUUCGGCAGUGCCCUUCGUGUUACCUUCAUGUGAGAUAGAACUGUGUAUACUGCCACACGAGAAGAACUGGCUUGUCCUGAUCAGCCUGGUGGGCGGGUCGCUGGGCGGCGUGGGGUGGGGCGCUCUGGGCGCGCGGCUGGGACGGCGGCGCGCGCUGGUGUCGGCGCUGGCCGUCAACGCCGUGUUCGCCGCCGUCGCCGCCUUCAUGCCCACCUACGGCACCUUCAUGAUGGCCAGAUUCUGCUCGGCCAUCGGCUCAGGCGGUCUAGUGCCGACAUGCUACUCCUACUGCUACGAGGUGUCCCCGCGCCCGCACCGCCGCCGCCUGCUGUCCAUGCUAGUCAUCGCCCACGGCGUGGGUGCUCUGCUAGCGGCCGCUCUCGCACAUGCAGUGUUACCACCGACUGGGGCUGAUGCUUUGUUGGACGAUAAGGAGCAUUUCUCUGCGUGGCACAGGUAUUUGCUGUUGUGUACGCUGCCAAUCCUCGCAUCGCUCGUGUCACUGAUAUGGACGCAGGAAUCACCGCGGUAUUUGCUAGAUGUCGGCAGGGAAGUCGACGCCAUGCUUGUUUAUCAGAGCAUCCACAGCAGCAACCGGGCCGGCUGGUGCGCGUCGGGCUCCGCCGAGUACCGCCCCGGGGCGCCGCAGCUGCCCCCCAAGCGGCCCCAGGCCUUGCACCACGUCAGGCACACUGUUAAAAUGUUCUGGCAAGCGUUCUUCCAGCUGUUUUCGAGCGCGUACAGAAACACCACGUUUUCCCUCGGCGGCGUCAUGCUUUUCUCCAUGGCUAUACAGUUCUUCCUCGCAUCACACAUACCGUCAGCCGUCCUGUCCAUCGAGAACCAAAAAUUCGAAGCGUCGAAAGUAAUCAUCGAAAAUGCUACAUACGAAAAUCGCCACUUCAACGAAACACUCGAAAACGUGGAAUAUCGGAACGUGACGUUCUCUAAAUGCACUUUUAGAGAUAUGAUGCUAUCACAUGCGGCGUUUAGGAAUUGCUCUUUUUACGAUGUGGCGUUUUCUAAUAUCAAGACAUCUUAUGCGUACUUCACUGGGUCGCUGUUUGUGAAUACUACCAUAAUCGACACAGACAUAACAGUGGGGCGCGAGAUCGACUUGUGGUCGGAACUGCGCAACACGGUCGUACGAGGCAUGCGGCUCGCGUGCCUCCGCGAGGCGCCUCUCACGUGGCGCCUCGCCGGGGCUCUACGAGAACAGGCGCACGCGGCGCUCGCUACUAUACUGGCUGGCUUAUUUGCCGCCAUUUUUGCCCCUACGCUUGCUUUAAGCGGGAAAUUUUCACCAAAAGUGAUCCUGUGCGCGAUAUGCGUGUUCCUGUCUCCCUCUAUCUACGUCGUGCAGAGCGAGACGGCACUAUACGUGGUGGAAGCGAUAUACAGGGUGUUCCUCACUCUGGUGUUUUACAUUGCUUGCGUGGGGAUCGUGGAUUCGUAUCCUGCUAAUUUGAGAUGCUGUGCCCUUGGGCUGAUAAUGUCGGUGGCGUACAUGGGUGGCGCGGUGGUGCGCGGGCUGUGGGACAUGCCGCCGCCCGCCGCCGCCAUCUUGAGCGCCAUCUUAGCCGUCGCCGCCACCGCCGCUGCUGUCCGCGCUAGAUAGAGGUCAUUAUACAAUUAUGCAUAAUAGGGGAUAACCGGGUAAUGAGAGUCACCGGGUAAUAGGAGUCAGCGGGUAAUUGGAGUCAGUUGGUAAUGGGAGUCGGCGGGUAAUGGGAGUCGGCUGGUAAUAUAAGUUAGCGGGUAAUGGGAGUCGGCGGGCAAUGGUAAUCACCCACACAUUUACAAAAUGACAACCAUUACAGACGCGUUAACGGUCUCCCCAUCCCGCUAUGUGGCCUUUGCUAUCGUCACGAGCCGGCCGCGUCACUGGUGACGGGGUUAGGAACGAAAGGUCUUUUGUGUUUUUGCGAUGCGAGAUGACUUGAGCGUAAAUUGAUUUCUAGAAGACAGACAAAAUACCAACUGACUAUGCUAAACUAUAUUUAACAUUCUUUAGCAGUACUUUUGUGAAAAGUUUGGUCUUGCCAUUUCUAAUUAUAACCAAAGUUGUAUGACUGAUUCUAUGAUACUCAAAGCUUGUGGCCCGAUGUCAAAACCUGUAUGUUUAUACAUACACUCAUGGACAAAUAUGACGUUUUUAACCAAAAAGCUACCUCUUUGUCCCUUGUUGAUAAGGUUGAUUUCUAAUUGAAGCUCUAUGGAAAUAGCGCCUUACUGACAAGCGACAAUAAGUACCCUUUUGGUUGAAAAUGGCACAAAUUUAGAGGAACACAAAAAAAAAGUUUUUUAACGCUUUUAUUAGGUCGACCUGUAUGUAACUAUGUAAUGGAAUCUAAAGGUAACUAAUUUAACCAUCUUCUCGGUUUCCGAUGAAGCUGAUAAUUUGCAUACGCACGUAAGUCGGGUGACAAUGCAAUAUUAUGAUACCAUCGAGCUGAUCUGAUGAUGGAGACAGGAGGUGGUCAUAGGAACUCUGUGAUAAAACAACGCAACCUAAUUGUGUUUGGGGUUUUUAGAAUUAUCUUGAUAAGUAUUAGUUGCCUGUGGAAAGAAAGUACAGUCAGCGAUAAAAGCUUGUACCAAAAAUUAAAUUUUUGCCAAAAACUUAUUUUCGAAAUAAGUAAUUACUAAUUUUGAAAUUACUUUAGGUUAUGCUGUAUUCCUGUUUUUUUUGUGUUCCUCUUAAUUUCUCCAUGAGUAUAUUGGCAAUGAAAAUGUCAAAGUUUAUUUAAGACUUCCAACAGUUCCAACUAGGGAACAAAUCAAAUUAUUUUAAUAUUUUGGACUUGGUCACUUUUUCUUUAGUGUAAGAUAUUUGUGCCAUUUUCAACCAAAAGGGUACUUAUUGUCGCUUGUCAGAAGGCGCUAUUUGCAUAUAGCUUUGAUUAGAAAUCAACCUUAUCGACUACCGACAAUGUGGUACCUUUUGGUUGAAGACGUCACAUUUAUUUCAGUUUAUAUUAGACUUUUUUUUAAUAUUCCUAAAAGUAGCAAUAAUCUUUAUAUCAAUGAAUGGGCAAUCUUGGAUAGCGUGUAUAUAUUGUUAUAUUAUAGUUCUAGAUUUUUAAAUUUAGAAGGGAAUUAAAUGUAAAUUUGAAUUAACAAGACACAGAUGUAUUCCCAUUUGACCGCCACCAUACAUGAGGCGGGGACAGAUGGGAAUGGUUUAUAUGAAGCGUUUAUUCCCACCUGUGCUCGACGGGGACAAGUGGGAAUACACCACACACAGGUAAGAAUAAUAUGAAGAUAAUUUUAAAGAGAUAUAAAAGAUUCCCAGUGACAGAAAAUAUUAUAAGAUUUGGAGGUGUAAAAGGUCUCCAAGCGUCAAUAUGAAUUCAUAUGAAAUAUUUCUCGUCAGGAGACUGUUAUGCAAACAGUCUUAUAAACUAGUGCUAUAGAAAACAUUAGUAUGUAUCCAAUAUGUCAAUAUUUUAAAAUAUAACAGAGAUGUAUAAUCUUAUAAUUAAGCUUCCUUUCCACUGAGGAAAUUCUCUCAUCUCCGCUCAUUUCCGCCUCAGUGGUAAAGCGGCCUUAUAUUGUUCAUAACACUUAGCAAAAUUGUGUUAGAUGUCUCUUUCUAACGAGCAUAAAUGACAAAAUGAUAGAUAGAGUUAGACCAAGCUAAGUUGGCAGCGAUUUUGAUAACCCAGAUAGUGCAAGUGUUAUUUCAAACUUCUAUGAAAUUAUGACGUUUAAAUAACACUUGUGCAGUCUGUGCUAUCAAAAUCGUUGCCAACUUAGCUUGGUCUAACUCUAGGGACAAAUUACGAGCGGCAUAUUAAUGCCAAUAAUCUCCAUAGUUAAUACAUUAAGUUUAGAGAUGUAUAAGAUCCCCAAGUGAAGUAAAUUGUAAUAUUCGAAUAUUGUGAAUGUGAGUGUAAUAUUUUUGCCUGAAAUCAAAUUACCUACGCUAGUUAUUAAAAGUGUGUUCCCAUUUGUCCCCGACGGGCACAGAUGGAAACAGGUGCAUAUAUUGAAUCAUUUCCAUCCUUAGAGGAUAUAACCAAACUGAGACGCCACGUCUGUAAUUUUCUGUACAAAAAAGUGGCCGAUUUUUGCGGGGGAGGGGAACGUCAAAUGUAUACGUAACGUAAAAUAGCCAUGUCAGAUAAACGUCAGUCCAUACAUUGUGUAUGACCAUUGGCCGACUAUUUUCGACACAGGGGAAUUCCUGUUAAUGGCUACUCCGUUUGGUUAUAUCCUCUAAGUUAUUGCCAUACCCUUAAGUAUUAAGUAUAGACUGUUUAUUUCAUAGUUUUAGAAAAGACAUUUAUACUUUAAUAUGUACAUACAUUUCCCAUUUAAGGCCUGUGCACACCGGAUGCGUGUGCGUUGUAAUAUACAGACCCUUAUGCGAGACGUCACACCGCUUGCGUGACGUGUGCGUGCACGGUUCCAACAUUUUAGCGCACGUGCACGUCGACGCACACGCAGCCGGUGUGAUCCGGCCUUUAUUUGUAUAUAAAGCAUUCCUCAUUUGUGACUGAUUUGGUAAAUAUUUAGCCAUAUGCCUAGUCAAAAGCCAUUUCCCUCUUAGUGAUUAAACAUUCAAAAUAAUCUGAUAUAAUUUAGAGGUUACAUUUGAAAACCGGGAAAUAGGCGUGACUAUAUGUAUGUAUGUAGGUACAUUUCACAAAAUGAUAUUAGCCCUUACCACGAGCUUGACACUGACUUUACACUGACACAUUCGCUAGUGUGUGCGUAACUUUCAAAAGUAUUUAGGCACCCGCAAUUUUCACUAUACAAUUGUAUACAAAAAUUGUUUUCAUAAUCAUACUGUUCGAUCGCAAGCAAAUGACUCUCUUACAUGUUGGAUUGAAUUUUUCAUAUUAAGCCUCAAAUUGUUGCCAAAGACAUCCUUUAAAAUUUCGAGUUUACUUUAUGCAACGAUUUAAUAAACCCUUAUGUCUAGUACAAAAUAAAACGAUUUUGUACUGGAAAACGAUUUAUGGAUUUUUUUACGCUUGCCAUUUGGUAAAUAAGCAAUGUACACGAAUAUUCUGCACAUCAUUUUCAAGCUCGAUAUGUCUGUUAAAUUAAAAAAGUAAACUCCACAAAAAACAGUUACCCGACUGCGACUUAGCGGUAUAAUUCUGAAAGUCGAUUUUGUAUACAAUUGUAUGGAAAAAAUUACGAGUGCCUAAAUAGUUCUGAGCGGUAGUGUAUACGUUAUACGGUGUAAAGUUUGGCAAAAUUGGGUAGUUUCACGAUACAUUUAGAUUUUGGAGAAACAUUUUUAGUUUUUGAGAAAUGUAACUUCUAUUUUGUAUUAUAAUUAUUGUGUAUUAUUUUUACAUAUCUUUAGUGAAUAUGAAUUUCGAUUAAUUUUAGUUACAUUGCGUAUGCGCAGCUUUUGGUUGGUAUUAUUAAUUGUCAACGAAAUUGCACUAGUAAUAGUUUUGUAAAAUAUUUUCAUUUCGAUAUCACUUAGUACCUUUAAUUACAUAUCUUUUUAAAUUUGACUGAAAUAGAAUUAUUUUUUAAGUAAUUAUUAUAAUAAAUUCAGAAAUAGUUUUUUUUAUUGUUAUGUCUAAAACAGCAAUAAUAUUUUAGUUUUAUAAAAAAAUAUUUAAUGUUCAUUUUUAUUUAUUAUAGAGAAAGUGAAUGAAGUGUAAAAUGACAAUAUUUAUAUAAUUAUAUAAAAGUAAUAAAAGAUUCUACAUUUCAUAAAUCAUCAGAUAUUUUAAAGGCAUGCGCACACCGGAUGCGUAUGCGUGGACUUGCACGUGCGCGUUGUAAUGUACAAAUCCUUAUGAGAGACGGCACACCGCUUUGCAUGCACGGCUCCAACAUUUUAGCGCACGUGCACAUCGCGCACGCAUCCGGUGUGCUCGGGCCUUUAGAGAUUUGUUACUUUUUCAUAAGUAUGUGAAGUUUAACCUCAGAAAUAAUCUUUUUAUAUAAAUAUUGUCAUCUGAAAUGUUAGAGAUGAUUUAGUAUGGACUGAUAAAUGUUUGGGUAUUGCUAUUUGUAAAUAUAUCUAAGUUAAAUAAAAUUGUCUUUGCAACAUAA